AUCCGCUCCAAAGGUCAAAUCUUUAAACGGAUCAGAAUGGGGACGAAGGUCGUAGAAUCAAGAAGGGUGGUGGUGACUGCUGCAACUUCAAUUUGUCUAAUGCUUCUUCCUCUUAUAUAUGCCAUGGUCUUCUCCCCUUACAACUCUCCACUCAAUUUCUGGAAACAAGUAUCAAAUAGUGAUGGUGGAGCUGGUGCAAGCAUCAACAAUGGCGCCCCUGAAGAGGACGAUUCAUUAACAUCUCUGCUAGGAAGACUAUUACGAGGAAAAGAUCGAACAGAGUUAGAGAACACCGGCUUUGCCUGUAAGUCUGAUUCCCUUACCGACGUUUGUGUUGCAAACCAAAACGUGUUGAUGAAACCAGAAGGAGUUGCCUUAACCGUCUACCUCUCAUCAGCAUCAUCUUCCAUUAAUCAGACUAAGAAACUCCAACAACCGGAGUUGCAGGAGAUGGAACCAGUCAUGGUGAGACCUUAUGUGAAGAAGAACGAUGAUCAUGCUCGCAAAUACGUCAACCAAAUCAAGAUUCAAAAGCUAAUUUCUCCAUCUCACUGCAAUGUCUCCCACAAUGUUCCUGCUGUGGUCUUCUCUUUGGGUCUCACAGGUAAUGCCUUCCACGAAUUGAACGAGAUCGUAAUCCCACUCUUCCUCACCACCCACCACUUCAAUUCCCAAAUCCGCUUCGUAAUCACCGAUUUCAAUCCCUUAUGGUUUCACAAAUACGCCAAGAUUCUUUUCCAUCUCUCCGAUUUCGAAAUCAUCAAUACUUCUCAAGACAAAAGGGUCCAUUGUUUCCCUGGAGCUGUAAUUGGUUUACAUUUCCACAACGAAAAUCUCGUUUGUCGGAAAAGUGACUUACCGGUAAAUUGCUCCAUCCCAGACUUCCGGCAAUUCCUCCGACAAGCAUUCGAUCUGAAAUUCAAGAACGUGGCCCAACUGGUUAAUACUUCUGGGAAUUCCUCCGGCAAACCCGUUCUUGUUCUUCUCUCACGACGGCAAUCUCGGAGGUUUUUGAACGAAGGUGAAAUGGUGAGGGUGGCGACGGUGUUAGGGUUUCGAGUUGUCGUGGCAUCGCCGGAGCUGACGACGAAUCUAGAUGAGUUCUCUGGUGUACUUAAUGGGUGUAGUGUUCUGGUGGGUGCUCAUGGAGCGGGUCUUACCAACGGGGUGUUCUUGCCGGAAGGUGCAGUGCUGGUGCAGGUGGUUCCCCUGGGUCUGCAAUGGGCUUCUACUAACUACUACGGGAAUCCAUUGGGAGAGAUGGGGGUGCACUACUUGGAGUAUCAGAUCAAUCCUGAGGAGAGCACGCUCUUUGAUUUGUACGGUCCAGAUCAUCCGGUCAUCAUCGAUCCUGAAUCCGUACACAGUCAGGGUUACAAUGUUAGUAGGCCUGUCUACGUUGAUGGGCAAGAUCUGAAGAUUAAUCUCUCCAGGUUUGAGGAUUACCUUGUCCAAGCACUUCGACUUCUUGGCCGGUAA